AUGGCCAAUCAUCUUUUGCGCCGAGCGCUGUUUGAUGCUAUCCGUGUGCCGGUUGGAACCCGUGCUUCUAGUGAAAUUGCCAAGAUCGGUGAUCGUGAGUGGGUAGGUUAUGGUUUCAAUGGCCGUCCUAACUACGUAGACAGGAAUGACUUCCCCUUACCCGCUGUUAGGUUCAGGCCUGACACACCCGAUGUUAAGGUUCUCCGUGAAAAGGAAAAGGGUGACUGGCGUAAGUUGACCCUCGAGGAGAAGAAAGCUUUGUACCGAGCUUCCUUCUGUCAGACCUUUGCUGAAUUCCAAGCACCCACGGGAGAGUGGAAGGGAGCCCUCGGCUGGGCCCUUGUUAUGGCAUCCAUGUCUUUAUGGUUCUACAUGGCCAUGAAGAAGUUUGUGUACAGCCCCCUGCCCGAGUCCUUCAGUGAGGAGUCUCAGAAGGCUCAGCUGAAGCGUAUGUUGGACUUGAAGAUGAACCCUGUGGACGGCCUGGCCUCCAAGUGGGACUAUGAGAACAACCGCUGGAAGUAA